GGCGCGCCGUUUACGUCAAGCCGGAGCGCCCGUUUCUCGUUCGUAGCGAAGCCUGUGACCCGGGGCUGGGCGGAGGAGCGGAGAUGUGGCGUCGGACGCUCCGGGCGGCACUGCGGGCAGGGCUGAGCCCCGGCACGACAGGUGCGGUAGCGGAGGCGCGGGCAGCACGAGUCGGGAGCUCCCGGUUUGCAGGGAGUGACUCGGGGAAGGCCGAAGGCCCCAGCCCAGGCGGCCGCGUGAGCGCCGAGCUGAUCGAGCACCUGGAGCGCCUGGCCCUGGUGGAUUUCCGAAACCGCGAGGGCGUGGCGCGGCUGCAGGCGGCCAUCGAGUUUGCGGGGCAGCUCCGCGCCGUGGACACGGACGGCGUGGUGCCCAUGGAGUCGGUGCUGGAGGACCGGUGCCUGUACCUGAGGGCAGACGACGUGGUAGAAGACAGCUGUGUGGAAGCCCUGCUACAGAACUCUCAGUGGACUGUCGAGGAGUACUUUGUGGCCCCCCCAGGUAACAUCACUCUGCCAAAACAAAGUGAACAAGAUCCAGUCACAGAGAGUUAAAUGAUGCUCUGAGGAAUGGUGCUCACAACAGGAAACAGUGGAGGACACUUCGGAAAGACAAAGCUGAAAAAGCUGCCAUGAACUUCCUCCACAUAGCUGGGCUCUGGCCCUUUUUGUCUUCUCCACAUUCUCUCCUGAAGAUGGUUGAGGAUGGAGAACUCUCAAGUAACCUCCCGUUCCUUCCAACGGAGGUCAAGGAAGGUCGGGACAUUGGACUUGGAGAAAAGCUUCCCAGGAAAUGAACAGAGUAUUCACUUAAUACCUGGGUCACACACUGGACGUGUCCUGUGGUUAACUGUAAAAUCACCUUUGGUUCAGUUUUUGCACACGAUUAAAUAGAGCAAGUUUCUAACA